AUGUGGGAGGCUUGUAUCUUCAAGACUGACUCUUGGAGGAUCGGUAUCCCUUGCUUGAAAAUUCAACUAUUUACUUGUGCACCUUGUAUUGCUUACUUUGGAGGACAGCGCAGUCAGUUUUUGGACGCGUCAAUGUUGAAAUUGCCAUCGUCUCAGAUCCAAUUCAUACCAAAAUAUGCAUUUUCAACUUCAUCGGGAAAAGGUUCAUCAGACGAUGAUAGUGGUAUUGAUCCAGAUGGCUUACCUACUUCAAAUGCACAUGAAUCUGAUCCAUCAUCUACGCCACUUCCUCCUGCAGUUCCACCAUUAGCAUUGUCUCCACAAAAUAUCCCAGAGAAUUUCCCUAUUGUACCGUGA